GUCUGCUUUUUUUUCUUCGUCCAUCGCCGCCCCCAGCUUAUUUCUUUCUCUCUCUCGUGGCGACGCCGGGGCGGCCGUCGCUGCCGCCUACGGUGCCCAGGUCUUCCUGCCCCCCCUUCGCCGGCGCCGAGCACGAGAAGAAUUGUAGUUGCAUCCUAAGCAUGGACUGUAAUAGUGAUGAUCUUGAUAAGCAGAAUGAAGUGACGGGAUCUCGAGUAUUCAUUCCUCAAGAUGCCCAAGGGGUUAUCCUUGCUUUUCUUCCUGGCAGGGAUGUUGUCAAGCUCCGCAGUGUGUGCAAGUUCUGGCUAGAGUGCGUUGAAGAACAUAGUUUUAUGGACCGUCACCUGAAUAAUGCUUGCCGCUACCACCAGUCCAUUGCUUGUUUCACCUCGCUUGAUCAUGGCCUAGUCCACAUGUACACAUUCGAUCCUGCCACAAUGAAUUUCAGAAGUGUGGAGCUCGUGUUCUCAAGUAGGUUUAACAUGUCAGCCCCCUGCAACGGCUUGGUGUGUGCCUAUGAUAUAAAAGGCGAUGCUGAGGUCUUGAAUCCCACAACAAGGAAGCAUUUGAGGCUCCCAGAUUCAGCACUCAAGUCACGGUCUCUUUACUCUGAAUAUUUUGUUGGAUUCGUGCACUCCACAAAACAGUACAAGGUGGUCUCUAUCCGUCACCAUGUGCGGUUCUUGACAUUUGAAAUCUGCACUAUUGGCACACCGUCGUGGAGGACAAUACAUGAAUCUGCAGAGCUCCUAGUGGCAACGAAGGCAGUCAUUGUUAAAGAUGGCAUGUAUUGGCUACUUCUCGAUGAGGCUUCCUCCUAUUCGUCUCGAGAAAUCCUGACGCUCAACCUGACAGACGAGAGGUUCUCAAAAAUUGCCAUCCCAGAUGCUGUAAAAAGCCACAAGUUGGAACUAUUCGAGGGGGAAGGAAAGCUCCGUUUGUUGUCGACACAUUCCGAUGGAUCUAGCAAUAUAGUGUCAGAUAUUUGGGUAGCGGACUUGGCUGGUGAAGACUGGAUCCACUUGCAGACUAUCAUCCCCCUGACGCAUCUGGGCAUAAGCCCGUUUUUCCAGCUCAAGACGAAGGUCUUCUUCGGCAACCAGAAGAGACUCCUCUGCGUAGAUCUUCAGGACGGUACGGUUUCAUACAUCAACAUGCCUUCCGGUGAGACUUUGAUAUCCUGUGGCAUGUUUGUGGAGAGCUUUGCGCCUGCCGCGACAGGCCUGGUGAGCUCGACUGCGUCAUAUGGUGACCGCUCUCGUCUGGCUGAACCGUCCAUGGCGGACCCUGGGCCAUCUUUCCGUGGCGCAGGGUCAUCCUCGGCAAGCCGCGGACGGUCUUCUGGUCUCACCGGAUGGUCCUCAGCUGACCUUGAGCAGUCCUUCAAGAGAACGAAGAGGACGACAAACAUGCAGUGGAAGAUAUCGAAACAUAGAGCAAUCUAGGAGCGCCUGGCAUGGCCUAUGGAUUACCCUCUAGACUGUACAGCAGCUGUAAUUUUUUCUGUAGGUGGGUGCAAUGCUGUACUUGCUCAUUGCUAUGGUACCACUGGAAGCAACCAUGGCAAUGGGGCGGGGAAUACAAGAGGAAAUCAAUCAAUAAAUGUCAAGAUCAAGGGGUGGCUUUGACUAUAACCCCUCUUUUGGUAAAUGUCUGGUGGUAGUUUGCUUCGUACUUGUAUAAACUGUAUCUGUAUGUGUGCGUCGCAAUUUGUAAACAAACAGGACGAGUAU